CGGAGAAGAAAUUAUCCCACAUCGAUCAUCAUCAGGAACCUAUAAAUUCAAAUUCCUUCAGCCGCCAAAACCCUAACAAGGCUUUAUGUCUCCUUCAAUUACAAACAGCACGGGCGACCUCUAUAGUGACGAAGAUGUCGACGAUUAUGAAAUCGACGACGAUCUCGACAAAGACAUUGAAGCCCUUGGGCAAGCCUGCAUGCGCCCCUAUCUUAACACCACCGCCACCACCGCAGCCACCACCACCGCUACUACCAACUUUAAUUUGCCUUCUCCCUCUUCUGCGGACGGAGAUUUCUCUGGUGAUGACGGCGGCCAACAGGAGGAUGAUUUUGAAUUAUUGAGAAACAUUCAAAAACGUUUCGAUUCAAGUUCUCUAUUAGAUAUCUCACCUACUAUUGAGGAUGAUAGUGAUUUUGAUACUCUUUGUGCUGUCCAGAGGCGUUUUGCUGCUUAUGAUAACAAUGAUACUCUAAGGAAAGGAAUGCAGAAUUCGGCGGAGAAUGUAGCCAGUGAUUUAGACACUUGCGAUGCUCAUACUUUUCUGGCGUUGGAGGUAAACGAUAUUUCGAGGUUCCCAAAGCCUACACAAUUGUUACAUGAUGCCAUUAAGAGGAAUCGAUCAUGUCAGAAGUUUUUGGAGAGUAAGUUAGGUCAUAUUCAAGCAAGAAUCGAAGAAAAUAAAAAAUUGAAGAAACGUGUUGAUAUCAUUAAAGGCAUGCAGUUUUUCUGCAGGAAAACUACUGGACGAGAUCUUGCAUUAGGGAAGGAUCCCCGUAUACAAUUGAUCUCAGUGAAAAGAAUAUUGAGCUGUGAAACAUCAAAAUCAAAGGAUAAUGAUAAAAAGGUCUCAGCCAUGCAUGAUGGUCUACUAGAAAAUUCUCAUGUUGCUUAUUAUAGAAAAGCAUUGGCGAAUUCUCCUCAUAUGAUGAAACAUAAAAAGUGGAAGGAGGCUGAAAAGGAAAAUCUUAGAAAGGGAAUAAGGCAACAAUUUCAAGAAUUGGCACUUCAGUUUUCAACGGAGCAAUUUAGGUAUCUAAACCGUGUUGUUAUUUUUUUUAAGAAGAAUAAAAGUAGGGGUGUAAACGAGUUGGACUCGAGAUCGACUCGAAAAAAGCUCGAUAUUGGCUCGAAAAAUUCGAGCUCGAGCUUCAUCUCGAGCUGAGUUCGAGUAUCAUAUACAAAGGCUCGUGAGGCUAAACGGGCCUGAACGAGCUUGUUAUAAGAAAAUAAAAAUAAAAAUUAUUAUUAUAUUAAACUUUUAUACCUCUAAAUUUAGUUAUUUAUAUUAUAAAUUGAUUAAAUUGCAUACUAUAUAAUAGAAAAAAUUAGAAUACAUCAAAUUUGAUUAUUUUCUUAAUAUUAAUUUUUAUUUUUAUUUAAAUCAAGUCGAGCUCGAGCUCGGGCUAGGGUAGCUCGAAUAUUGUUCGAGCUCAAACUCGAGCUUAAAAGUUUAAGCCCGACCGAGCUCGAGCUCGAGCUUGUAAAACACACUCGAGCUCGAGCUUGGCCUAACUUGGGCUCUGCUUGGCCCGUUUACACCCCUAUAUAAGAGAGAAAAUAUGUCUUGUAUGAGGAAUUGUUUCCAUUUCAAUAAGAGAUUCCUGCUUUGCAGUUCUUA